AUGGAAAUUGAGUAAGUGACUUUUUCUUGUGAAGUGAUUAGAAAACAUUUAAUAGUGAAUAAACAUUAUUAUCUACAGCUAUUAUACAACAAAAUCUUGAUUAGAGAGAAUGUAUAGUAUAUAAGAUCCAUAAAUUAUUAGUUAGAACAUCCUGCUAAAUAUGAGAUUGAAUUAAAUCUAAAAGGAUAAAUAAGUUGGAAAAUAGGAGAUGAUCAUAAGAUUAAAGAGUUUGGCAUCAAGUAUAACAAUAAACUAAAGUGGUUUACAGGAAUAUCUGAAUAAUUACACUAGUUAAAAUAGCACAUAUCAAAUAAAAUAUUCAUGACUGGAAUUUCAAAUUUCUAUUCAUCUCAUGAAUAAGUUGGAACAGGAGCAUCUUGUAAAGUGAUUUUGAUUAAAGAUUAUACUACUCAUAUAUGUUAUGCAGCUAAAUGUGUUAGUAAAGAAUACAUUAGAAAAAAGAAAACAUCUGAUAGAUUUGAUAGAUUAGUGAAUGAAAUUGAGAUAUUAAGAACAUUAAAUGCACAUCCUAAUUUAAUUAAAUUGUAGGAAUUAUAUGAAGGAGAAAAUAGUUAUUAUUUAAUAUUUGAGUAUUUGGAAGGAGAGACUCUCCAUAAAUAUAUUAAAAAUAGUGGGCAUCUAAUGACAGAACCUACUGUAAGAAGUAUACUUUAAGUAUAAGAAUUCAGUUAAAUAUCUUAGUAAUUAUUGUUAGGAAUUAAAAUGUGUCAUCAGUAAAAUAUAAUCCAUAGAGAUAUGAAGUUAGAAAAUGUUGUACUUACAAAAUUGAAUAAAACAGAAAACAUUAAAAUUAUAGAUUUUGGAUUAGCUAUUUUUAAUAAUUCCAAAUAGCCAUUUUCUAUUUGUGGAACUCCUGGUUAUAUUGCACCUGAAAUAUUAAAUUAUGAAGAUAAUAAAUAUAAGUCAGAGAAAUUUGUAUAUACUCCUCAGAUUGAUAUGUUUGGUAUUGGAGCUAUGCUUUAUAGAAUGUAAAUUUAUUCAUUAUUUAUUAUAGAAUGACAAGAGAACCUUUAUUCAAUGCUGACAAAACUAAAGAAUUAUUACAUAAAAAUUAAAAAUGUCUAUUUGUAAAACGUACUAUAUCUCAAUAUUCUAAUAUUCUAAAUUAAAUUCUUUUUGGAUUAUUAGAGUUUAAUCCAAAAAAAAGAUUUUCUGCUGAUCAAGCCUUAGAAUUAUUAUAAUCUCAAUAAAUCAAUUAAAUAAUUUUAAAACAUGAAUCAAACAGAAAUAUUAAUUUAACUCAGGAAUUUCAAAUCCCUAUAUUUACAGAUGUUAUUUAAAUUCCUUAUCUAUUUCCAAAUAGGAAAAUCAAAAAGGAAUUAGGUUUUGUUCAUUCUUAUCAUAUCAAUGAAGAUAGAAUUUGUGGAUUUGGGAAAUCUUAUCUACCUUCUUUUAGUAUAAGACAGAGUCUGGAUGUUGAUCAUGAUAGUUUGAUAGAGGAAACUGAAAGAGAUUAAGUUUUAGAACUAUGA